AUGUGCCCAACAGCGGAAACGUGUCCCGUUGAAUACGACUUCAUAGUGGUAGGCGGUGGAUCAGCGGGUUGCGUAGUAGCCAGUAGACUAGCUGAGGCCAAGUUCGAUGUCUUACUUAUAGAAGCUGGAGGCGAUCCACCUAUAGAAACCACGUUUCCAGGGUUAUAUCCAAUGCUCCUGAAAUCCCACGUUGAUUGGAAAUAUAAAGAAGAAAACAAUAAAAAUUGGCAAUGCCACAAAAGUCCUCUUGUGAUGAGCCGAGGCAAAAUGCUUGGUGGCACUGGUAGUAUGAAUGGCAUGAUAUAUGUAAGAGGAAACCCACAAGACUUCGAUUCAUGGGCGAAAAUAGUCAAUGAUACCACUUGGAACUACGAAGGAGUCCUGCCAUUCUUCAAAAAGAGCGAAACAUUGCUCGACCUCGAAGUUUUAAAUUCCAAAAAUGGAAUCUUUCACGGUACGAAAGGUCCGAUGAAAGUAACGAGGCAACCUCAUAAAGAGGUUGAGAAAUACUUAGACGCUUUCGAAGAAAUGGGUCAUAGGAUCAUUUUAGAUGCAAAUGGAAGAAAAUCUAUGGGCUUUACCGAGCCUAUGCUCAAUAUUGCUUAUAAUACGCGACAAAGUAGUGCUCGUGCCUUUAUAUCACCUAUGAAGAAUAACCCUAGACUCAACGUCUUGAAGAACACUCAAGCAACAAAAAUAAUCUUUGAUGAUUGCAAUAGAGCCAUUGGUGUUGAAGCUGUUACAGAUAAUAAUGAAACUUACACUUUUAAAUCACGAAAAGAAGUAAUAUUAUCUGCUGGAGUAUUUGACAGUCCAAAGCUGCUCAUGCUAUCUGGAAUCGGACCUAAAAAGCAAUUAGAAUCUUUGGGUAUUGAGGUCAGGUCCGACUUGCCAGUUGGAGAAAAUCUUCACGAUCACCUUGGUGUUUUUAUUACCUAUAGUAUGGACAAAUCCCUUGACCCACCAGUGCCAGAGCAACUGAUUACAGAUUUCCCAGGUUAUAUGGUAGUAGGAUAUUUAUCGUUAAACAAAUCUCAAAGUUUCCCAGAUUACCAAACUUUUAGUUUUCGCUUAGCAAACGACAAUCUAGGUUCAGUGUCUUUUUGUUCUGUUAUUUACGACUUCAAAGAUGAUAUUUGUAAACAAUUUGAUGAGAUUAGCCAGAACAGAACUAUGUUUAUGACCGCAUUGGUGGCUUUGCACGUGAAAUCUAGGGGUUACGUGCGGCUAAGUAGUGACAAUCCUAAAGACCAACCGAAGAUUUCGUUGCAAAUGUUUUUAGAAGAAGAAGAUGUAGAUAGAGCGGCUUCAUACAUUGAAGAUUUCAUUCGCGUUGGUAAAACAGGUGUUUUUAAAAACAUCGACGCACAAUUGCUGGAACCAGACCUUCCUGGAUGUGAGGGCAUACCUAAAAGUACAAGAGACUACUGGCGGUGUUACGUCCGAUGUAUGUGGGUGACAGAAUAUCAUUACGUGGGAACAUGUGCCUUAGGGACCGUUGUGGACUCGCGUUUAAGAGUCAUUGGUGUAGAAGGACUAAGAGUUGCAGAUUCUAGUGUUAUACCAAUAAACACUAGUGGAAAUACCAACGCUCCCACCGUGAUGAUUGGAGAAAAGGCUGCGCAUAUGAUAAUUGAAGAUAAUAGAAAUUAA